CUCGAGAUCUCGCGUGCUGCAGCUUUCCCUCGAUGGACGCAAGAGCAGUGCUUUUCAUUUUGGUCUCGGCCGUGCUCUCCUGCAUCACUGUUGGAUCAGCACUCGUGCAGAGCCAAUCAAAUAUGCUUGGCCUUGCGGCAUCCCCUGCUUUCCUCCUCCCGAACAUCCCACACUCACGGGGCCCCCUCCACCACUAUCAGCCGACGGUGAAGCUUCGACGGCGGAUCAUCCACUCAACUUCGGCAGCGGAAGGUCGUCAUCGCAGUCAGCACCUCCAGCUGCUCGUAGGCACAGAAGACGAGCUCCCCGUGUUCAGCGCCUGCGGGCCUUCCACAAGGACGUGGUCUCCAUUCACAACAACGCCUGAGGACCACGUCACGCGCAUCACUGACAGCGUCUACUCCGCCGGGCAGCUAUCGGCAGAUGUUGUCAACAACAUCCUCUCCCACCAUCGGCCUCGGAUGAUGUCCAUCAUCAACGUGCGGCAGACUAACGAGGCCGGGUUCCGGGACGACACGGCGCUGUGCGAGUCCAAGGGCUGUGAGUACUUCAUCUACCCCAUCAGCCCGCCAGAGUGGAGCAAGGAAAGGGUGGAUGGAAUACUCUCGAUCGUUGACGAGGCUCCCAAGCCGGUGCUGGUGCACUGCGGCGGCAACGUGCGUGCAGCAGCCAUCGCUCUGCUGCACGAGAUGCGUCAGGGGCGGCUGGACAAGGCGCAGGCCAUAUCGCAGGCGGAGGCCAUCCACCCCAUCGCCGCCAAGCUGGUCGUCAAGUACCUGGAGGCGUGGUCACCGAGAAGAUGAUUGAUCGAUUGUCGUGACUGACGCACCUUUCUUCCCUGCAAACAAAUGUAGCUAGCUAGCUGUGUGUCUGGGGUGUGGGUGUGGGUGUGUAUGAGUAGGGGGGAGGGGAGGGAGGGAGGGUGCAGUGAGUUAGUGAGUCAGUGAGCCGGCCGAUCAGUCACUUGCUGUGUGUACAUCUGUCUGGCUGUCGCUCGGUUGUUGAUUUUUCUCUGCCUGGAUGCAUUGCACAUGAAGGGAUGGGUGGCUGUUGGUGGGGGUCGGUGUGAAGUGCGGUCCAUGUGUCCACGCGUCCAUGUGUCCAUGUGUCGCCCUGUUUGUGCCACCUACUGGUGCGGAGUUAGUGAUUGGUCCGGUCGGCCAUGCUCUCCCAUUUGAGAGAGGCUGGCCGGGGCAAUCUUGUACAUAACGUAAAAACGGUACUUUCGAUGGAUGGAUGGACGGAUGGAUGAGGGGGAGGAGGGACUCCAUCAUGAUGCGUAGAAAUACGACUCGCGAGAGGGAGGGAGGGGGCCGGCAGGCGGACAUGAGUGAGUGUGUGUAUGUGUGUGUGUAUGCCUGUAUUGAGUAGUGCUGAUUUUGUCCAUGUCUGCAAACGCCGGACCGCACACCUUACGGCCAGUAAUUCACCCGAUACACGAAUGAAACACCUUGCAGCGAGAGAGAGACCGCACAAAAAUACGAG